CUGCUCAAAAUUUGACCUGAAGUGAACUUCAAAAUUUGAAUUCAAAAUUAGUAAUUUACGUUUUACUUUACGAUAAAUAUUCAGAAAUGUCCUUUCAACUCCCUGAGCUAUUGUAUAUGUUUGAGUUUGUGAUUGAUGAUCUGAUAAUCAUACGCAAAAACCUUUGUGCUCCCGACGAGUACCCCACCUGUGUGGAAUUUACCUUUCGAUCAAACGUCUAUGUGACGCUCUGCGAUCGAGAGUAUGGAGCAUGUGUAGACGAAUCAGAGCCGAGGACCGGAAAGUGCUGCAUCUUUCCGCUGAAAGGGGAAGUGAAAGACAAUGAACGUCUUUACGUAAAUAUUUAUAAGAAGCGCACAGAUUGCUGUAAGUUUCUGAUUGGAAUGGCCGAGAUGGAAGUGAAACCGCUCUUUGACUACCUCAAUGAUAUUGAUCAAACCGACACGAAUUGGUUGAAUCCACAGUAUACUGUGGAUCUGCCCAAGUUUGGGGACACCAGAAGAAAAUCGUUGAACACAGUCGCAUGCUUUGAUCCCGGACUCCAGCGCAUGGAGCAGCUCUGUCCCAGCUUCAUUAAUGUGAAGAAUAUGCUGCCAAUUUUCAAUCUAUACAACCAGCAAAUCGGCAACAUUGUGCUCAAGCUGCGACUACUCUGUCACGGACCCACUAUCGUGGCGGAAGUGUUUAAGAAGGGCAACAAGAUGGUCGCCGCGCCACGCCGUCCAGAUCAAGAUAUCUGUUACGUAGUGCCCGAGGAGCGCGGCGUGGUUCUGCCCCCAAAGGGCCAUCGUUAUUUCGCCCGAAAUGCCAAUAAGCUGUGUCCCUGUGACACCUGUGAGGAUGAGUUCGAUCGCCCAUGUCCUACUGUGCCAGCCAAAAUUCAUCCAAAGAGGAUCGUCAAGUACAAGAAAGUUUGUAAGGAAUGUGCGGGCGUUGCAAUGUUCCCAGAAUUUAUUUCCUAUGAAAAUAUACAUGCAAAUCACAAAGUCAAGAAGAAUAGGGCAAAAAUGUCCGGUAAGAAAUCAAAUGAUUGUGUUUCCUCUGUGGAUUCCUGAGAAGUGUAUUGCAAUUUAAAUCAGAUUGAUUGUAUUCAAAUUAUGUUUUUACACUCCACACAUUGUAAACAGGGACUAUGAAAUGUUUCUAGUUUGAUUA